AUGACCGCUCAAUCGAUGCUCGCCCUCGACUUCCCACGGCUCAACGAGAACUACAUCUCGACCCAAACGGACGCUGUUCUCGUCUUGAAGCUGCUUCCAAUGGUAGGUUGUGAUAUGGGAAAAACUCAAUGAUAAGUGAGAGGUUGCAGGAAUGGAGACUCGAGGAAGGUAAGUUGUCCGCGGAGGAGAAGCUGAGCAAUGCCGGUGAGAUAAGAUAGGAAGGGUCUCGUCAGGAAAUACGUUGUCUUCAGAGCGAUUCCACAAGUACUACGACUUCAUCGGCUGCCAUCUCAACUGGAUGCUCUACUUCAAGCACUGUGUGCGUUACAGAAAUGGUAGUCAGAGGGUAUUUCUAUACUUCCAGGACCUAAUGGAGCCGUUCGUGGCGUCUGGCCAAGUGACAACCCGCCAUGACAUCAACGCCGGUUUCAUUCACGCAAUUUGUCAAGCAUUGGUAAGCGAAACACUGUUUUUGUUUAACUUUGAUAACGCAGGUGCCCCCGGAAAGCAACGAUAGUGUGAUGAACAUAAUCAAAAACGACCACAAGGGUUUUAUCUGCCAUUACGAGAUCCUCCGCAUGCCGGACAUCGACAUCGCUGCGGGAAUCCAGGCGGUCAUCGAGAGAUACGUCAGUACUUCUCAGCCAGUCUCUCGUAUCAUCCUACCAGCCCUUUUUCAGCCGCCCUCGGAGGCCGUCAAGACGAGCUAUGAUUCUCUGCGUCAGUACAUCCACAAACUCCUCGCUCACCUGCCCGACGACUGGAAGUUCAUCUAUCGCAGCUCGAGCCCGUCUCCGGUAAGCCUCCAUCUGUGUUACGCAAGUAAAGUGAGAAUUCAGAGAGCUCCGAAGCCGUCGAAGCCGUUCCUUCGCGUGUUCGAAUUCGGCGCCGGUGGAAGCCGUCACGUGUUUGUUAGCGAGGUUCAGUGGGUUGUGAACACGCUGAAGAAAGCCACGUGCAAACUGUACACCUACACAUUCCACAAUCACUUCUUCCCACAUCACUUGCUCGACCACGCACUCGGUCUGUUUGGGUUCCAAACGAACGAUGUAGAGGUACUUAGACACUCAUCGCUCAGCCCAGUCCUUUAUGAUUUCUUCAGCUGGUUCUCGUGAAAGUGGCCCGAAUGAGUGACCAGGAGUACGUGCCGUUCGUGGGUCCGCACGGAUACAAUGUGAUCACUUCGGUCAACCGAUUCUUCAAUGUCGCCAUCUCGUACGGCCGUACAGAGUCGAAAGAAAGGGCUGGAUUCGCCAGGAGUUUCAUGGAAUACCUGACGGUCGGCUCCUUCCUUCCAUAUAUCGUCACAUACACGCAUAAAGAGAUCGAAAGCGUCAAUGACAUCAGACUCACUUUCAACGAGAUGAAGGUGUGACUGUUUACAUGCAGAUUACAGUUCACUGUUUUUCAAUUUCAGGCGUUUGAUAAGAAACCGCCAAAGAAACGGAAGUGUACUCCGAAGAGAGCGGCUGAGAAAGAGCCGCCUGCGAGACAGAUUAGCAACAUUCCAAUUGCGGCUCUCAAAAAGUUCCCCAGCAAUUGCAGCAAAUACGCGAUGAAAAUGCUUCUCACCUAUCCUCAUGUAAGCUCGAAAUUGCAUCAAUAUUGAGAAAUAAGUGACAAGUUUGAGUACGCCCUCUUCCUUCAUGAACAAGGUUUCUGUGUGCCGGGCGAGUUCUGCUACGCCAAAUUGUUCGAAGUGGAUGCCCCGAUCGCCGCUUGCCAAUUGGACGACGAUUCUCUCAAAAAGAGGGUCGAGUUCUACUUGACAAAGAAAUGGUGAGAUUUGCUAACAGUCAAGUCGCAUACCGCCCAAAUGAUCAUUUUCAGCUACACUUCAGCGGUUGUCACUCAGUUCAGAAAGAAAAUUAAUAAUGAGUACGAGAGAUUCCCAUUGCCAGAGAGAAAAGAGUGAGUUCGGGAGUGCAACUUUUCGGAUUUGUUUCUCUAAAUGCUCAGAGUGCUCCCAACGCCGAUAGAGAAGGAUUCGGAGAGGGUUUUCACUCCAAUCGACUUCGCCGACGAACCUUCAACGUCGGAAUCUCCUCUGGAAGUUAAUAUGGAGACCGAUGUCCCUUCGACGUCUUCAGAUACCCCAGAAACAGGGUUGCCUGGUCUUUUAAAGGAGGAUGCGAAGCCAUCGAAUUCCGAACCGCCGACGGGAGAGAACGGAGAUGCGACGCCGCCAUUUGUGGAGAGAAGGGACAGUGGACACGCGUAGAAACUGUACUUAUCGACUGGCCACUAAACUAACUCUUUUCAGAUCUACCUCUUCCCUCCACAGCUCCAAAUCUCCGACGCCGGCGGCAAAUCCAGUCGCUGACACGGGCGGAACCGGUACCAGACAUUAUACUGAAAAACAGAAGAAGGCACUAAUUGAGAACAAGUGAGUAAAAGUGGACAAAUGGAAGAAAAAGUCUGACGAUUCAGACUGAAAGAGAUCCAAAACGAACUGAACACUGUGGAUCCCCGAUUGGUCGAAAAAAUAUAUUACGGGCAGCUUCUGAAUGAUGGCGAACAGAAAGAAAUGGAGGCGAAACACAAAAAGGAGGUGGCAGCACUGAAGGAUAAAAUGAAGCAGGCCACGAAAACCGUGGAGACUCAGAAGGCUCAAUUGACCGAGUCAGUUGGGAACGUUGGUUAUUAUAAUUGAAAUCAGAACUUUAGAUUGAAAGAGGGCAAACAGCAUUUUGAGAAACUCUACGAAGAAACUGUGAGAACGAUGGGCGGGGAGGUGAAACGGAAAGAUGCCGAACUUAAGAGAAAGGAGGAGGAAAUAGUGGAGCUGAGAACGAAGCAAGUGUUCGAAAACCCGGAAGCGUCGCAAGAGAAGAAGACGUCGAGAGCGAGAAAGUGAGUGGGAGGAAUUGAGAACGGUUUGAACUUGCUAUUCUUUCAGACAAACCGAGCCAAGUGAAACAAACGCAAAGCUUCGUGAGGGGCUGGCGACGCUCACAGAGAGCAACUCAACUUUGCUUGCUGCGAGCAAAGUGUCGACUCAAGUCAUGGACGGACAGAGACGUGAGAUUAAAGAAUUGAAGCAUAGAGUGGGCCAGUUGGACAAAGAGAAAGCGACAAUCAAGCAGGAAAACGCUUCUUUGACCACACGACUCGCCGUUCAAGAAGAGAAAACGCGAGGAUCUGUCAAGCAGGAAAGGAGCAUCAAGCAGCAGAACCAUCUCCUCUGGAAUGAAUUGAAUCAGUUACGCGCUACUGUGACAGAACUGCAUGAGAAGAUUGCGAAUCUCGAGGAGACCAAGGAGUUGCUGGUGUCGGCGGCCACACCGACGUGCAUGGCUGCCAUCAGACGCAUAGAAUUCCUGCAGGGCAAGCUGAAGAGUGCGCGGCAGGACGAGCUGAGAUACGAGCAGGCAGAGCGGCAAAUGCUAGACUAUUCGGCUAUGGAGAGCUCGAAUCGAUUCAACGAAGUGUCGGCCGCCCGCUGGCACCUGAACAUGGCGAGAGCUGCGAAGGAGGAUUACGAGCAGAAGGUCUAUAGCAGAAUCCUGCAGCUUCGUAGAAACAUCAGCGAGAGCUUCAUGUUCUCUGAAAGCGAGAUCACAUUCACCUUAUAUCCGGAUCCGUUCACUCCGGAAACAGUCGAGAGAAUAAACGAAUUGACGAAAAUUUAUGAGCAGAAGCAGAAGGUUAGCUUGAAGAAUUUAGAAAAACAUCUACAAAAAAUCACAAUGAGCUUCAAAUUUCAGAAUGCUUACCGUCGACCGCACCAGUGA